GUAUCCGUUGCUUGUGUCUAAGUCUUGGGUGCUAACGAGCCGCUGAGCCUAUCGGCUCCCUGCCUGUGUCAGCGUGGCGGAGUGGGGAGGUUUGUGCCGGAAGGUGUGGAUGUAACGAUGUUGUGUUGUGUGUGUGUGUGUUUGUGGGUUCCAGUGUUAGCUACAGUGUAGUCAGGAUGGAGCGGAAAGUGUAGCGCGGAUUGGAGCAGAGCGAACCGUGCCGUGCUGUGUGCGAUAGUGCGGGUGAGACGCAGUUUUGGAAGAGGGCUGCACUGUCAGGUCAUGAUGCUGUCGAUGGUCACUGCCGAUCUGGAGAGCGCUCAGCGGUUAGCUUUAGAACUCGAUUCCCUCUCCGACCUGCCCCGGGAUGUAUGUGCUGAGCAGCAGCCCAGGGAAACGCCUCAAACCCCUGACAGACCUGCUGGGGGAGUCGAAUCCAGCCUGCCAGAGCUCCAGGGCUGCUUCAAGGGGGCGUCGGCCAGUCCCCCUGUUUGGAAGUGUGAGGUGUCCGAAGACGAGACUGGUGAAAUGCAUGCCGAGGGGAGAUGCAAAGAAGAACGUGGCUCUGUUGCAAGCGGUGAAGGUAACGGGGAAGGAGGAGUGAGGACAGACUGCAGGACUGAGCCGGCUUUGAGUCCCAUGCAAGGGGACGGCACGAGUCAGGCACAGGGAAAUGAAAUCGCAGUCGCACAGUGCAGCGCUGCAGUAAUGGCACGGCCCAUCGGCCUUGAAGCAGACUUUACCAACAUGGAUGUUGAUGCUGAAGGAUUGGAAGGGAGUGCAGCGGGGACCUGCGGGAGAGAACUAACCGGAUCAGAGAGCUUACGUUUCCCAAUAAAGAAAUCUGAAGUGAAAACGGGCCGGGUUGUGGCUGGUCCAAACAAUGCUGCAUCCGCAGCGGCUUGGGCCCCUGAAGAGGUUUCCAUGGAAACGGAACAAGUGGAAACAAAGACUCGGAACCCCCCUUGCAUUGGUGAUGGAAAUGAGGAGCCUAACACAACCAGUCUUAGUGCUAAUAAUCAUCCCUGUGGAGGCUCUGCACAUGAAGCUGGGGAACUUCUGCCCUGCGGUAACCUUUUAGAGAACAAGCUUUCACAGGCAGAGCUUAAAGAUGUGUCUGUUGCAAAGGUGGAGAGUUCAGGGCAAAAUGUUGCUGCUACCCAGAGUACUGGGGUAGGACAGGAUCUUAUAGAUAACCACUGGGUGCACUCCAGGUUCGACGAACUCGCACCUUACAUCAGGCCGCACGACGAAGACGAGAUCUUGGGCGUCUGCGCUGAGAUCGAGGUCAUGCUCGGAGUCGAUCGCAGCCAUUCAGAACAGAAGGAAGCUGAGGAUUCUGUCCGUGGAGAAGGGGUAGUUGAGGUGCCUGCUGACUGUAAAGUCGCAAGCAGCGUCCCAGCAAAACACCUGAAUAAAAGUGGCUGCUGUCCCCUGGGUGACAAUGUGCCAGCUAGACCUCCUUCGGAAACCACCAGGGGCCAGGGUGCGACGCCUCAGGCUUGUGGUGCACUGGAAACCGAGAGCCGGCAAGCAGCUCAGCCUCCGGAAAGUGAUUUCUCUGUGCGGUUAUCUGGGGAGGAAGAUGCUCUGGAUCUGUUGCAAGAUGAAACGGACCUCUCCAGGCAGGCAGCACACGGUGAAGAGGCCCUGACUGAAAAGCAGUGUGACGUGCGAUUGGAAAACAGUGAAGCAACUUUGGUAGCAAAGCAAAAGACUGAAGAUAAGCUGGAGCAGAGUGCAACCUCUGAAGCUGCCACAGAUAUUGGGGCAAGGGUUUCAGCAGACCGAACUGGAAGUGCUGGCGCGCUCGGGGAAAGAGACAUAGAUAGGGGGACGGAGUCUGGGGGAGACGGAGUGAAACUUGGGGUUUCAGAGUGUCGGACAGAUAGCAGAUCCCAGUUAAACUCUGAAGAUGAAAAAAACACCUUAGGUACCGCUGAACCUUCAGUAGGAAAUCCAUCGGCGCUCAAAAACAAGCCAGUCACUGAUAUAACUCCGGAUGGUGCAGGAGCAGCAGCUGUUGCUGAUGGUGCUGCAGUGAACAGCUUGUGUGGGGCAUUGGAGCAGGAAACGCUAAGCAGUCUGAUUGAUGUGGAAGGACCUUUAACAGAAUCUGAAAGUAGACAAGUUUUGGGAAGCGUUGAGAUCCCACCACAACCCAGGAAAGGUUGCAAAACAGCUGCCGUUUGUGACAGCAUUACAGAAAGCGUGUGUAGAACUGUUGAGCUGGAGUUGGGAGGUCUCAGUAAUUCAAAUGAUAAAGAAAAAUCUUUAAAAGAAACCGAAAGCACUGAGACAACAUGGCAGCCCAGGGAGGAUUGCAAGGUGCCCUGUGAAGGUGAACUGGACUGCAGCGAGACGUCACAAAGCCAAGGUAGCUGUCAAGUAAUUCCGAACUGUCAUGCAAAAGAAUCGGAAAUCCGCGAGGAUCCAGUGGACCCUGCCACUCAUUUACAAACAGGUUGUGAUGGUUCUGGAGACAGGGAAAGAUAUAGUGAAGAAAGUUCAGAACCGGGUCAGAAUCGAUUGGACCCUCCUGGUCAUUUCAGAACUGGUUGUGAUGAUGAGGCGACACCUGAUAAAGGGCAGUCUUGCAAAGGAGCAGAAGAAGAUGCUGAAAGACAGCGUGCCUCCGAUGAAGAAUUGGACUGCACCGAAGGGCCUUCACACAGCCAAGUCAAAAGCCUGACCUCAAUAGACCUCCAGGUGGAAGCUUCGGCUGAGGGUUGGGCUGUAUUAAAAAAUAGCCUGUUUAUUAAUCAACAACCUGCUGACACAAAAACACUUGGUUCUGAGCUGGGUGGUGGGAGCGAGGAGAUUGCAGGGGUUCCAUUGGAAAGAAUGGAGGAUGAGCCAGCUGUAUACAACAAGAGCACCUCCCCCCUGCAUGCUGCAAGCAUUGUGGCAUGCAGCCAGAGUGACCAGGCUUUGCUAGAGAGAGCGUUGUAUGAAAAGCUUGCGGAAGGAACGAUCCUCUCUGAGGGGGAGAGAUCCACAGAGUGCACUUUACAAGACCCCAGUGCUCCCCACACUUUUGAGUGCUGUCAUCAAAAACGUACGCCUCCAACUGAAAUUGACGACUGCUCAAAAACAAGCAGCUCUGACCCGCCUUGCACAAGCCGCACGCACAGCCACAGCGUCCCCGUCGAGCCUGGAAAAGCGCCCGCUGGGAAGCGCGCUGCCGUUGAAGGGGAGUUCGGAAAGCCGCCUAGAAAGAUGAGGGCAGUAGAGUUACGGAAACAGCCGGGGAGGAGUUGCAAGGCAGGGAGCAAGGUGCCAGAGCCAUUGCAGGAUCUAAGGAGAAUGAGGGAAUCAAACGCUCAAGUAUUUAUCAGGACCCAAGUAGCCAACGUUACAGACCUGGACCAUGAGUCUAGUGAAACCAUGAACCACGCAGUUCAUAGCGGAGCAGUUUUGAAUGCAAACCUGCCCAAGGAGGAAAGUGCUUUCCCUUCUGUAAGAAACGGGGUGUGCAAGCCACACAAGGCUUCCCUUAAUAUGCUGCGCAGCAGUGUAAAGGCUCAGAAUAAUAUCCAGGAACCUCUGCUGUUGAAGUUAUCUAACGUGGCCAGUAGCCUGGUGCCGGUUAGGAGUCCUCAAAAGUUCAGACCUUUUUAUAGAUCGUCCAAAGUCUUGCCGUACAGAUUAGACAGAUUGCUGAAAGCCGGAGCAGCUGACGUCUCUGUGUGCACAAAGACAAAAUUAAAACCUUACUGGUGCAACAGUUUUUGUUGCAGUCUUCCCCGUUUAAAGGGACACUCUUUGAAGAAUGUAACCUUUCAGUCUCUUGCACUUUCCUGCAGUGCGGAUCUAGCCAAGGUUUCCUUUUACCGAACGGAUCGCUGGAAACCCUUGGUGACCUUUACUACCCCUGUCUUUCCAGUUUCCUUCCAUGUUAGAUUGGGGUCUAUGUCGUCUUUACCGUCCGGUGGUGAUGAUGAUAAGAAGUCUUUGAUGCAGCACUGUGCUUCUUCAAACCUCAUGGUGCAUGAAGCAUCUAUCCAGCCUACUUCAUCCUUUUCCUCCUCUCUCUCUUCAGAAUGGAUUUGUUCCUCCUUCUCUCCAAAUGUUUCAGCAACCGCAGGUUACCAAAGCAUUCUCCAGAACACCACGCUCGCAGGCUUCAGUGGUGAAUUGCACCCUGUUUUGUUUACUUGCUCUGGGAGCAGCGAGCCUAGCUGCAGAAGCUGCAGUUUCAGUGAAUGCCAGGAGCUUGAGUGGUGGACUGCUUCCUCUUCUCCGUUCUCCAGGUUCGGGCUGCACACUGUUUUAGCCCUUUCCUCUCAGGCUUGUUACCGGGUCUGGACUCGCCGGCGCUGCCUGGGCAGGAGGGUCCCUGCGGUCCAGAAGAGGUUCCUGUCCCAGUUUGAGGAGGGGCUGAAGGGGUCUUCCUCGACCCUGAAGGAGAGCCUCUUUCCCUCGUUGCACUACUCUCUGGGAAGGAUCGUCGCAGCCUGGCGCAGUCGGGGGCCAGCAGCCUGCCUGCCUGAUUUCACUACCUUCUCCUGUCUCGACAUGGAUCACAGCUAUGCAGGGCAGUUGUUGGGGUGCUUCAUAGCCAGCUUGUUUGCUGAAGACCUUGCAGCAGCAGGUGUUGCUAAUGAAAGUGACCUCAAACAACCCGACUGCACUUUAAAUGGAGAGCCAUGCCUGGUGCCAUUGUUGCCUAUAUCGGACCGGCCCGUUCCAGAACCUGUCUUUGCACUGCUCGACCAGACAGCUGCACAGAUCAGACCAAACUCCCUCAUGGCCUGGUCGAGCCUGCCAACAGCCUCCUGUAUGGGAUGUCGUGCGAGUGACUCCGCCCAGCGAACCUCGGCGCUGCCUGAGAUCCUGGGUGUGAGCUAUCCAGAGAUGAAAGAGAGUGUUCUUGAGAAGAGCCUGGCGAGCGAGCCGGGGCAGAGGACCAAGAGGGUUUCCCAAAUCCGCAUUCGGAAAACUGUCCCCAAACCGGACAACAGUCUAACCCCUAUGGGGCUACCGAAACCAAAGAGAUUAAAGAAGAAGGAAUUCAGCCUGGAGGAGAUCUAUACCAACAAAAACUACAAGUCUCCGCCUUCCAACAGGAGCCUGGAAACCAUCUUCGAGGAACCGAAGGAGAAGAACGGCGCGCUGGUGUGCAUCGGGCAGCAGAAGCGCAAGAGGGUCCUGGAGUUCCAGGACUUCACCGUGCCCCGCAAGAGGCGCGCCAGGACCGGAGUGAAGCUGAAGAGCAGCCGCACGCGGGGCAGGAAGGCAGCGAAGCAGGGCUGUGCAGAGCUGGACGUGCUGCUUGUCGAGAAGCUGAGCGCGCUGGAGCACUUCUUCAACACCGAGCACAUCAACACCUAAACCCUGUGCAGAGCUGCAGCACAGAGACCUGAGCCGCUGUUUAAAAUCACUGACUUCACUGAUCCCAUCUUGAUCCCUGCUUUUCUUAUCCGCCUCCAGUGUCUCCACACUCCUAUACGAGUGGCUUCAAUUCCUGGUGGAACCUCAGUAUUUAUUUUCAAACCUGCACUGCUGUCCAGUGCCCGCGCUCUCCCCCUGCCUCUUGAGACUGCACUCUGUUUAGUUUGGACUGGGGAUGAAACAAAACCUUGGAUUGGUCCGUAUCCAUGGUGGAGCAGCGGCAUGGGCAGCCACUGCUCUGUGUAACUGUGAACGUCUGUUGGUGUGCUGAAUCAGGUACUUCCAGAGUGUGAAGUUGUAACUGCAGUAUUAUUAUUAGAACAGGGGAGGGAAAGACCUACGCCUGCGUGUGCUGGAUUUAUUAAAACACCUGUCAUGAAAGCAAAACAAAACCGAGCACUUUGCAAAACUAAAAUGCGACUGCGAGGAUCGGAUUCUCAUUCUCUCAUCUUCUUCUUUUUUCUAUCGUACUUUGUUUCUGUAACGUCUGUUCUAUUUGCACAUUCUAAACAAAAUAAUGCGCUGCGAUAUUCAGCCUUGCCAAAGUAAUGGGAAACAGUGAUGUAGCUCUUUUUCAAAGUAUUGUACACGUUGUUAGAUCCCUGUUAAAGAAACACGGCUGUUCACAUUUCCUUUCACCUGUACGCAUCACUACAAUAGGUUGCCUUCAGAACGACAGUAUUUUUGGAAGAGUUGCUGUCAAAAAAUAAUUGUUGCAGUUUUUUAAUGAAAGAAAAAUAAUUGCAUUUGUUAGCAUCGCAAUGUGAAAUGCAAGUGUAGAAACUUGGUGUUAUUUAUUCAUUUUCUUCUGAUAUUUCUUGAGGGGGAAAAAGAAAUAGCCUGAUGGUAAAAAAAUAAAAAAUAAAUGAAACAGUUCAAUUCCAUGCUGAUGUAAAAUAAAACCGCUUCGGGGUGACACGUCUGACGUGUGUGCCGUUGCCAUGGGAACGGGCUCCUCCACAGGGACAGAGCACCAGCAGUUCUUAGGGGCAGUUCAGUGGAGAUGGUAGUGAUUUUUAAUUUUAAGCUGAUGUGCUUUUACACAUUGUGAAACUGUUGCUCACCUGCUAGGAAUGAUCAAGCACUCUGUCUGUUUAUAUGGGUUGUUUUUUUCAGAUUCCCUAUUGGUACAGGUGAUUUACUUUUAUUAAAUAAAACCAAAAAGAAAAAAGCCAAUUCCAUUCUCCCAAUAUUAUUAUUAUAACCCCCCCUUAUCAAACAGAACUUUGCGUUUGCGCGAGUACUUGCCUCCUUCUUUUAGGUAGUGGAUUCAUUUGUUUGCUGUCCUGGUUUUUGAAGAAAUACGUUGACUUGGCAAUCGAUGUACAUAUUAGCUGGUAAAUUUAUAAAGCAUCGUCCAAGUGUGAAUGCAGCACACAGAUAUCCAUGUGUAUUUGAUCAUACACUGUAUUACACUGGGGUUUUGUGAAUCGUGUCUCUCUCUCUCCGUGUGUGUAAUAUAUGAAGCUUCACAUCUCAAACUCUUCUCUGUAUGAUCAGGUAUUCCUACUGUACAUCUGUUAAAAAAACACUAGUUUACUGUUUAAUCAUUGUGACCCCCUUUUUUUUUUUUGGUUUA